AUGGAUAAAGGCAAGAAAAUAAAAAUUUCUGAAGAAAACAGAGUGUUUAAUGAUACAUGGACAGAAUCAUUUGCAUUCUCUACUGACAAGACUGGUUUACCAGUAUGCUUAAUAUGUGGUGAGAAAUUUGCAAACAACAAAAAGUCGAAUAUUGCAAGACAUUUCCAGAAUAAACACACAGCCUUUGCUGAAAAAUAUCCAGAUGGAGAUGAGAGACGAAAAGCCGUUGCAGAACUUAUGAGGAAGGUUGAUAGGAGCAAAAAUAAUUUCAAGAAGUGGGUGAAGUCUGCAAAUUCCACAACAUAUGCUAGUUUUGUAGCCGCUCAGGAAAUAGUCAAGCACGGGAAGCCAUUCACGGAUGGAGAGUAUAUAAAUGAAGCAUUCAUUAAGAUUUCGGAACAUCUAUACAUGGACUUCAAAAACAAGAAUGAAAUUGUGCAGAAAAUCAAAGACAUGCCUCUCUCUGCGAAGACUGUUAAAGACAGAACCCUAAAAAUGGCAGAAAACAUUAGCAAACAGCAAAUUCAAGACAUUAAUUCAGCUGUGGCGUACUCCAUCGCCUGUGAUGAGUCCAAAGAUAAAGGUGAUAUUGAACAAAUAGCGCUGUUCUGCCGAUAUGUGAACUCUUUUGGGCCACAGGAAGAACUGAUUGAGCUGAUACCACUAGAAGACCAAACAAGGGGUGAGGAUAUCUGUAAGGCUGUCCUGGACUUUUUAAGUGCUAAAGAAAUAAACACCAACCACCUGGUCUCAGUGGCUACUGAUGGGGCACCGAGCAUGAGAGGAGCACAGAAGGGCUUUGUGGCUCUACUACAGAAGGCGCUGGGUAGAACGCUGCUGUCAUUUCAUUGCAUCCUGCACCAAGAGGCAUUGUGUGCUCAAACAUUUCCCCCCGAAUGCACAAAAGUGAUGGAUGUGGUCAUUCAGAUUGUUAAUAAGAUAAUGGCAAAGGGUUUAAAUCACCGCCAGUUUCGUUUGCUAUUGGAUGAGGUGGAAAGCACAUAUUCUGACCUCCUGCUCCACAACAAGGUCCGGUGGCUGUCCAGAGACGAGGUGCUAAAACGCUUUGUCACAUAUUUGGAAGAAGUAAAAACCUUCCUGGCCUGCAAAGAGCUCACCUUUGCUGAGCUGGAACAGUCAGAGUGGCUGGAAAAAUUACAUUUUAUGGUAGACAUGACAGCCCAUCUAAACAUGCUAAAUACAACCCUUCAGGGGAAAGGAGGCACUGCCCUGCACAUGCUGGAGGAGGUUUUGGCAUUCGAGCGCAAGUUGACAGUGUUUGUCAAAGAUUUCCAGAGAGGUACACUGUCUCACUUUCCCUCUUUGAGAGAGUUCAAACAAAGUCAUGAUACGAUAAAUUUGGAAUAUUUCAAGUCUGCAAUCACCGCAAUGCAAAGCUCGUUUGGGAAACGAUUCUGUGAGUUCAGAGAGGAAAAAAAACACAUUAUCCUUCCCUGUCACUCCCCUGGCGAUCGAUCCAUCCCUAUUGAAUAUGACUGCAUUUGCAGGUGUAAGUCAACCUGA